ACUUCAUCAUUCUCAUCCAAAAAUUAAAAAAAAUAAAAAAUUAUUUGAAUCAAAUAUAUAGUUUCUCUCGUAACUUAUAUAUUCAAAUUUCGCAAAAAUUUAAAAAAAAAUGAUAUUUGAAAACAGCGAAUUUAUGAAUGAUUUCGAACUUCUCGAAUCGAUUAGGCAACAUUUACUUGAAGAUUGGGAUUCCCCUGUUACAACAGUGCUAAAGCCGUCCGUUAAAAUUGAGCCGGAAGUCAGUGUGAGUUCGCCGGAAAUGUUCGAUUUCACCGGAUUUACAGCUCCGGCAGCGGCGGAGUCGGCGGCGGAGGUGAAAUUGGAAGUGGAAUUGAAAACAGCGGCGGUGAAGAGGACACCGGCGUCGUCGAAAUCGAUGCAUUACAGAGGAGUAAGACAGAGGCCAUGGGGAAAAUUCGCGGCGGAAAUUAGGGAUCCGGCGAAGAAUGGGGCGAGAGUGUGGCUGGGAACCUACGAGACGGCGGAGGAUGCGGCAUUGGCUUAUGAUAAGGCGGCGUAUCGAAUUAGGGGUUCGCGUGCAUUGUUGAAUUUUCCGUUGAGGGUUAAUUCGGGCGAACCCGAACCAGUUCGGGUUGGUUCGAAGAGAUCGUUAACAACGACCUCUUCGGAGAGUUUUUCUUCGUCAUCAUCAGAAAAUGAAUCGAUGAUGACGAAGAAAACAAAGAAAGUUUGCCAACUUUAUACUUGAAUACACAUUGAUAAAAAAUAAAAUACGGUGAAAUUUAAAUUUUUUUAUUUUAUUGAUUCGAAUUUAAUUUUUUUAUUUUUUAUAUGAUUUUUAAAAUAUUUAAGAAGCUCAAUGAAAUGGCGAUAAACUAGAAUUCACGGUCAAGUAUGAUCGUCUCAACUACAAAAGAGUUCUUCGAGAAAAAAAAUGAAAACUUAUUUUUGAAUUGAAGGGCUAGUUUAUUUAACGAACUUUGUAUCUACUUACGUUAAAAGGUUAAAAGUUUAAACUCAUUAAUAGUACUAUAUGAUAUUUUAUUUUCCUU